UAUUUGAUUACGUUAUUAGCUCACUCGAGAGGACUUAAUGACUGGUUCAAUUAUUAUCGCAAAAUUUAAUAUUGUUAUUCGGUAACAAAAUAACGAUAGCUUUUGCACAACGGAACAUUCACCCUAAUUUAGUCGGUAAACAACUGGCACGCAAGGUGGUCAAACGGGAUUCCCACCGUGGCUAUUCUUAACCAGACCAGGCUAAUAUUGAAUCCGCUCAAUUACUUCCAGCUAUACUCGCAUCGCUAAUAAAUAUAACUGUUAUCAUCGAUUUUUUAAUUCUUUUUUUACAUCACAUUGUACAUACGUCCAAUGUAUCAAAUUAUUCCAAGACAAAAUUUUGAGCGAGAAGUAAUUUCACGUUAACGCGUUAAUUGUUAAAGUGCGGAGACAAAUAUUGAAAUGGAAAUUUAAAAAAAUGAAAAUUAUUAUAUUUAAUAAUACUAAAAUUAAUUAUUGAAUUUAAUCUCCCUCUCUGUUAUUUUACGUUGUUAGUACAAUAUUGACGUAACUCGAAGUUUGUCUUCUCGUCUUUUACUAAUUAUUCCAUUAUACAAAAUUCAAAUUGUCAGUCAACUGUUGACUGUGGGGAUAUUUAACGUGUUAAACAAUUUGGCACACACGAAUGUGCGUCUAUUUUUAUUUUUAACAAUAAUUAAACGGAAAAAUAAAAUUGAACGAUCAUCGCAAAUAAUCUUGAACGCAAUUUCCCGAAAAAAGGAAGUUACAUAUAUUUACAUAACAACAGAAAAAUGUUAUUCCUUCGUGGAACAUCAUCAGCAGUUUCGCGUCGAUGUACUUUUAUUUCAUUUACUCGCGGGAAAGAGUAGCCGGUCGUGACUUCUCGGUUAAGAAGAAAGACGGUCAGGAAAGAAACAAGACCGCGAGGAAGAAGAAUGGCCGGGUUAAAAAUAGCGGCGCGCGUUUUCAAAUAAAAACUGAUAAGCAACCUGCAGGAUAAUGAUUAAGGAGAAGGAAAAGAAGAGAAGUCGGAGAAAAGAAAAAAAGCGAAAGCAACGUGACGAGGCGGCAAAAAGGCAACAAGAAAGAACGUACCUUGAUAAAAAGAAGAUUCACCGAAACCAAACCACGACUGUUCGGACGGAGAGAAGAUUCUCGCCGGUAUCAUGCCGGUCCCGAUGGAAUAAUAUGUAAUAUUUUAUUAUUUUAUUUAAACGAACAGUGUUUAUCUCCAUUUUGUUUUCGAUAAUUUUAUCAUGUACAUGUCGUUACGCGUAUAGCCGUGUGUUAUAUCGUCACGUACUAUACUUGUUACUUUGUAUAUAGCUUCAUGUUAUAUUACCACACUUUCAAUCGUAUGUGUUAACUUUCCACGCGUUAUAUUGCCGUUAUAUUGCCACAUGAUAUAUUGCCACGCAAGUAAAACUGCACGCAUUCUAUUUCUACAAGUUAAAUCUGCACGCGUUAAAUCUCCUCGCGUUAUAUUGCCGCGCGAUAUAUUGCCACGCGUUAUAUUGCCGUGUGAUAUAUUGCUACGCGAGUAGAACUCCACGCAUUCUAUUUCUAUAAGUUAAAUUUGCACGCGUUAAAUUUCCUCGCGUUAUAUUGCCGCUCGUUAUAUUGCCACAUGAUACAUCGCUACCCAAGUAGAAUUACACGCAUUCUAUUUCCACGCGUCAUAUUUUCACGAGUUAGAUCUCUACGCGUUAUAUUGCCUCGCAAUAUAUCGCCGCAAGAUCUCUACGCGUUCUACUUUCAUGAGUUAGAUCUCGACGCUUUCUAUUUCCACGCGUUAGAUCUCUACGCUUUCUAUUUCCACGCGAUAUAUCGCUACGCGUUCCAUCUCGCGUUAUAUUUCCACGGUUUAAAUCUCCAUGCGGUCCACGCGAUAUAUCGAUACACGUUGGAUCUCCGCGCGUUAUAGCUAGAUCUCUAUACGCGUAUAUCGCAACGAUAUUGUCAUACAUUCUACACGUAGUCACGCGUUAUAUCGCCACGUUAUAUUGCUCACUCGCCGAGAAUAAUAUAUGGUGGUCAAGUUUGGUUAUGUGUUGGUACGAAUAAAGGUGAGAACCGGUGGUGUACAGGUCCUGGAAGGAGGAAUCUCCCACCCCGUAGCUUUUACCCAUGCGUUUCGCAUGAUUUACCGACCAUACAAUCAAGUGCAUCUAACGCCAAACGAUCAAAGUGAACUCGUCUAUCUCCGUACCAUGUACGGAAUCGAAAUUUCAUCGAAACUCCGAGCGAUCUAGAGACCCGGUAAGAUGUUGGAAGGAAUCAGCUGAAAUUUCGCUGGGAACUUGGCGCACGGAGUCAACGUGACGUCGCAGUACCGAGGGCAACCUUCGGGUGUCCCUCCGCCUCCAGCUUGAGCUGGACUGAAAGAAAAGGAAGAGGGAAAGGAACGAGUUCUUCGGUGCCUGGUGCACAGUCUAGUUCAAGACUCACGAUGAUAGUGAACGUUCGAUGAAGAUUCCUCCGGCCGGCUGCCCUUCUCUGCCUAAAAUCAGAAGCUAGUGUCACGGACGAGUGAACUUUUCGCACGGGUUACAGGAUAAUUCAGAAGUCGUGAAUCGCCUCUCUGCAACAAUGACGAUGAAAAGCGUGAAAACGAAAAUGGUACCGCCGGACGGAGGGUGGGGAUGGGUUGUCCUUUCUUCGGCGCUCGUAGUCAAUUUCCUUAUUCCGGGAACCGUCAAAUCAUUCGGCGUCCUUUUCGUGGAGUUCCUCCACGUGUUUAAGGCCUCGUCCACCGCCGCCUCGUGGAUGCCGGCUUUAUGUUACUUCUUAUACAACUCGUUAGGUCCAUUAUCGAGUAUCUUAUCCACCAGGUACUCUUAUAAAGUAGUUACCAUUAUCGGUGGUACAUUUGCGGCCUGUGGGAUGAUGUCGAGUUAUUUCGCCAAUUCGGUUACAUAUUUAUACGUUAGCUACGGCUUAAUGGUUGGAAUUGGGGCCGGUUUAACAUUUCCACCAACAGUGUAUAUUGUAACUUCAUACUUUGAAAAACUCAGAGGCUUCGCUAAUGGUCUGUGCAUUUCUGGUAGCGCGAUUGGAACUAUUGUACUACCACCAUUCUUACAAUAUCUACUCGACUGUUUUGGUUACAGAGGUGCUGUGCUAAUCAUGGGUGCACUAACAUUAAAUACAUUAGUCUGUGGUUUACUGUACCAUCCUGUUGAAGAACAUAUGAUUCCUGCACCAAUUGAAAAAGGAAUUGACAAUGAGGCAUUAACCAUAGAUGAACCAGUUCUUGAUAAAAAAAAACCGACAGAAAAUGAAACAUUAGACAAUGAGACUAAAUUGAAUGAAGAACACUGUUGUAAAGAUGAAAGGACAAUUGACAAUUCUAAAGUAGAACACUGUUCUAAGGAUAAAUAUGAAGAUACAAGUGAAAAUAAAAGAAGUGAGAAGGUGAAAGAUAUUUUACAUGAGAAGGACAAAGAUUCUAAUGUAGAAGACACUCCAAACGAUCAAGAUGCUAAUGUAUUGAACAAAGAAAGCAAUACUUCUGAAAUCAAUGUAACAUGUAAUAAAUUAAAGACUGAAAAAUUAGAUUUGAAUGACCAUUUGCAAAAUAAGCACAAAGAAGAAAAAAUUUCUGAAUGUUCAAAGAAAGAUUUAGGAGAGUUAUCAAGUGCAAAAACGUCAUCGACCAAGGUAGAAACAAAAAGUAGACGACAUUUUUUCGACUGGAGUGUACUUAAAGAUCCAAUUUAUUUAGUGAUUCUUAUUUCUAAUUCCACUUCAGCUAUUAGUAAUACUAAUUUUAUGAUCCUGCUACCAUCAUAUGCUAUUUCACAAGGUUUUGAUAAAAACUCCUCUGCUUUACUUUUGUCAGUUGUUUCUGCUCUUGAUUUAGUUGGAAGGAUCAGUGGUGCUUCUCUGUCAGACAUUGAUUUUGUGCCAAAGUACUAUUAUUUUGUCGGUGGACUCGGAACUAGUGGAAUAGCCCUGGCACUGUUACCAAUGGCAACAAGUUACACGAUGCUUUCAUUUUUCUGUGCACUGUUUGGAUUAUCUUCUGGAAUGUAUAUUGGCAUCACAACAGUUAUCCUAGCUGAUAUGCUUGGUACAGAAAAACUUAGUUCAUCUUAUGGAAUAUCAUUAUUUAUUAAUGGAGUUUUGCAGUUGAUUGGUCCACCUAUUUGUGGUGUUGUGUUUGAGACUGUAGGAUCAUACAAACCAAUCUUUUUAGCAUUUGGCAUUAUACUUAUUUUGGGUACUGCAUUGUGGGCAGUAGUGCCUCUUAUAAAGAGGAAUCAUAAAAAAAAUUUACAGAUUGUAUAACAGUUCAUAAUUGUUAGCCUUUUUAUGAUAAAAUUAUGCGAAAUUGUAAAGUAUUAUAGGUUUUUCAACAUUCAGCAUCGUAACUGCCAUUUAAAUAAUUAUAUAGAAAUUGUUUUCUAUAGGCCAUUUCAUUUUUGUCACCAAACGUUAUGAAUUAGUCAAUUAUUUGAAGGUAUGUAACAAUGUAUCAUUAGUAUUAUUACUCUACUGAAUAUCGAUUACAAUCUUAUAGCCGAUUCAAAUAUACAAUCUGAUGUGUGUGCCUUUAACACACUUAGUGCCUCAUAGUGUAAUUACUCUAAUUAAUUAAUCAGCUCAAAACAGUUCUGUUAAAAAAGAAAUAGGAAUGUAUUUAGUAUAUAAAAUAAUUGGAUUAUUAUUAUAUAUUCCAAUACAGUUGCACAGUAACAAUAUUGCUUAGUUAGUACAUGACAUGAAAUGUAUGUAAUAAAAUGAAAUAACAAAAAUCAAAAAAUAAGAUUAAAAGAAUGGAGAUAAUAGUAUUAAUAAAAUAGUACAUAAGUUAUAAGAUUUUUGAAAUCUUAAACAUAGAACUAAGUAUAAUAAACGAUAUUAAUCAUAAUUAAGGGACAUGACAAUAUGAAAAAUGUUGUAACAUGUAAUCAUCAUAUUGUCAAACCUUUUAAAACGUAAAUAUGUUUUGAUC